CAGUUAAGGGAUAGCAUUUAGAGUUCGCAACUUCAUUUGUUGAUUCUUUCGAAGAAAUUCUUAGUUCGAUUACGUGUAAAUGGAACUUAAAUUUGGUUCCCGCUUCUUGUGCUGUGCUGCACUGCAGGUACAACAGCCUCUAAUUCAACUACUAUCUAUGGAUUCAGACAUUGUAAAUCUGUAAUAAAAUGCACAUGGCCGCCUAAAACCAUUUUCUAAAUCUUUCUUUCAAUGACCAUUAAUCUAUUUAACUCUCAAAUUCGCGAAGCUGUAAAUCAAAACUGUGCCCACAAAGCCAUUUCCCUCUUCCGCCAAUUGAAACAGAAAGGCAUAGAACCCAACAACUUUACUUUUCCUUUCAUAUCAAAAGCCUGUGCUAAGCUCUCCAAUCUGCACUACUCUCAGGUCAUCCAUACCCAUGUCAUAAAGUCCCCAUUUUACUCCAAUGUCUUUGUACAAACAGCAUUACUUGAUAUGUAUGUGAAAUGUCAUCAAUUAGAUAUAGCGUACAACGUGUUUGUGAAAAUGCCCAAGAGAGAUGUUACUUCGUGGAAUGCGAUGCUUUUGGGUUUUGCUCAACUGGGGUUUUCGGAGAGAGUGUUCUGUAUGUUCCGGGAGAUGAGGUUUGCAGGGGUUUUUCCUGAUUCAGUUACGCUUAUGGGAGUGAGUGGAGCGAUAUCGUGUAUGAAGGAUUUGGAGUUGGCCAAGAGUGUUCACUCAUUUGGAAUUCGUAUUGGGAUACAUAAUGAUGUUUCUGUUGCUAAUACUUGGAUAUCUUUAUAUGCUAAAUGUUAUGAUUUGGCAAUGGCUGAGUCAGUUUUUAAUGGAAUUGAAGUGGGUCUAAGGAGUGUAGUCUCCUGGAAUUCUAUGAUUGCAGGGUAUGCAUAUCUUGAGAAACGUAUUGAUGCUUUGAAUUCUUAUAAACGGAUGCUGCACGAUGGUUUUAUGCCUGAUAUUAGUACCAUUGUUACCCUGCUUUCUUCGUGUUUACAGCCAGAAGCUGUGCGUCAAGGUAUGCAGGUUCAUUCUCAUGGAAUUAGAUUUGGUUGUGAUUCAGAGAUUCAUGUGGCUAAUACUCUUAUAUCUAUGUAUUCCAAAUUUGGAGAUGUUUACUCUGCUAGAUGUUUAUUUGACAGCAUGUGUAACAGAAGCUGUGUUACAUGGACUUCAAUGAUAAGUGGUUAUGCUGAGAAAGGGAAUAUGGAUGAGGCAUUGAAACUAUUUAAUGCUAUGGAAGCUGCUGGUGAGAAGCCUGAUUUGGUUACUGUACUUUCAGUGAUUUCAGGUUGUGGCCAAACUGGUAUUCUUGAAGUCGGAAAAUGGAUUCAUGUUUAUGCUGAUUCUAACUGCUUGAAACAUAAUGUUGUAGUUUGUAAUGCAUUAAUCGACAUGUAUGCAAAAUGCGGAAGUAUAGAUGAUGCAUGGGAUCUCUUCAACACUAUGCCUGAUAGAACUGUUGUCACUUGGACAACCAUGAUUGCAGGUUGUGCUUUGAAUGGAUUAUUUAAAGAAUCCUUAGACCUUUUCUAUCAGAUGAUAGAUUUUGGAUUGAAGCCAAAUCAUGUUACUUUCCUUUCCAUACUUCAAGCUUGCACUCAUGGUGGUUUUCUUGACAAAGGAUGGGAGUGCUUCAAUAUGAUGACCAAAAUUUAUAAACUAAACCCAGGAUUAGAUCAUUAUUCCUGCAUGGCGGAUCUUCUUGGACGUAAAGGAAAAUUAAAAGAGGCAUUGGAGUUUAUUAAAGGUAUGCCUGUCAAACCAGAUGCUGCCAUAUGGAGUGCAUUGCUUACUGCUUGUAGGAUACACUGCAAUGUGGAGAUGGGUGAACAUGCGGCUCGUCACCUUUUUGAAAUGGAGCCACUUGUGUCCUUUCCAUAUGUAGAGAUGGCUAACAUAUAUGCAUCGGCAGGAAUCUGGGAUGGAGUUGCAAGGAUAAGAACAAUUAUGAAAAGUAAAAGGGUGCUGAAGUCUCCAGGACAAAGCCUUGUUGAAGUGAACGGGAAAGCUCAUGCUUUUACUGUCGAAGACAGAGGUCAUUUGGAUAUGGAGGUUGUAUAUGCUGUUUUGGAUGGUCUGGUGUUGCAAUCAAAGGAAGAAGAGUUUUUACCUCAUCCAGCUGUUUCUCCGGGAUGUGAAUUAGAGGCGUCAGUGGCAGUCCAUCCCAAUCCUAGAUGAUUGCUGUUAUACUCGUCGCACAUGUGAUUGUGGCGUAACAUUUCAGGAAGAACCAUCGAAGCAUGUCAUAAGAGCUGUGGAGAAGCCUUGAUAAAAAAUGUCUGAGAAUACUAGAACAUAAGAAAUCAAGAAAAUGGAAGAAUGGUCAUAGCAGUUCCUGAAAACCCUAGUGUCAGAAAAUUUUAAAAGGAUUGAUGGAUCCUUGGCAGAUUUUAAAGCAAUGUUGAUGAACUUGCAAAGAAUGCAUCCAGCUGCCAGAUAUUAGUGGUGGUGGAGCAAUUGGGUGGCCAUACUUAGACUGCUUCAGCCAUUGCCUUAGGAUAUAUGGAUUUUAUAAAAGGGCUUCCUAAGUCUUAUGGGAAAGAGGCUAUAUCUGUUGUAGCGGACAGAUUGAGCAAGUAUUUAACUCAUCCUUGCACUGCUGAAUUAGUGGCUCAAUGUUUUUCUAGACAGUGGUUUCAAGCUUUAGUGAUAGGGAUGGCAUUUUUUUGAUUAUCUUCUAGCAGGAUUAUUCAGGUUACAAGGCAUCAUUUAGUUCAUUCAAUAGCAAACCAUCGUCAGACAGAUGGACAAACUUAGGUGGUCAAGAGAUGUCUGGAAACAUAUCUCAGGCCUUCAGCCAAGUUUUAUGGCACCCUUUGAUCGAGAUUUUGGAUAGAAUUGGCCAAGUUGCUCAUAAGUUGGAUUCGUGCUACUUUUCGUGUCUCUGAAUCGAAGAAAAGGGUACCUACCUUACCUUGUAAUAGAUCUAUGAAUCCUCUUUCUGCCUCCUCCUUGUAUAGGCCCUAUUCCUGUUGCAAUCUAAGAUACAAGGAAGAAAUCAUUGAGGAGGAUGCUACUUAAUUGGGAGUUUGUUGAUGAUACUGCUAUUCUAGAUAUGAGUGUUCGGAUUGCUGAGUUGGACGGUGGAGAUUAAGAAUUCUGUUGUAAAUUGGCAUGUGUUCUGUAAUUGAUUCUUUAGCUUCUAACAACUUUAUAGGUAGGUGAGAAAUAAUGCAUUGUGUUGUGAUAAUCAAAAGAUGGAUCUCUCAUUUUUGUAAUUGCAUCUCUUUUCCUCUCAAUUAUAAGCUUUCCAAUUCUUAGUUA